AUGCAAACGACUCCGUCCUCCCCAGAGAUCUGCCGUUUCAAUGGGUGUAGUAACCCGGCGAUCGACGCCUUGGCCAAGUGCAAUUUCCACCGCCAUCGCCUUCCGUGCUCCGUCGCGCGCUGCAACAACAUUGUGUACGCCCGCCAGCUCUGCGUGCGCCACGGCGGCAAACCCAAGUGUGCCCAUGACGACUGCGAUGCGAACGCGCGGCCUGGUGGCUUUUGCUACCGCCACACCGAAGUCCGCAGCAAGCGUCUUUGCACGCAGCCCCUCUGCACGAACGCCGCGCACGCCAGGGGCUUGUGCGUCCGCCAUGGCGGCGGUCGUCGCUGCCGCGUCGACGGAUGCAAGACACUGGCGCGCAAGGGCGGCUGCUGUGUGCGGCAUCGCGAAGGAGUCGCUUGUGCCGAUGUACUCGACUUGGCAUUGGAUUGGAUCGACGCGAUCGAGCCGCUCGACGAUGCCAUUCUGGAUUGCCUGAUCAAGACGUGUGCUGCAGACACGUCGUCGUCGUCGCCUUCCACCAUCGAUGUCGAAUGGUACGCGUUGUGA